CUAUUUUCAACCAGUGUGUAGAUCACACCAGUCGCGCUUGCGGUGCUUGUGUUCGUUCUGUAUUUCGACAAUGUGAUAAGUAGAAAAAAUUCUGUGUGAAGCCGACCUGAAUUCGAAACAAGCGCUGCUUCUUUGCGUUCACGAUUGAAAAGAUUUUCCGUUACUGUUAUAGACCAAGAUAUAGGGGCUCCAUAAAUAUAGAGCUGUCCUACAGACGCUCUUCAUGCUUACGGACGAGGCAGCGAAUAACGGUGGUAAAAUCUGGCAAGACGUAUCAUCGUUGAGGCAUUCAUAGAAGAUUAUAUCGUAUAGCUUUAAAGCCAUGUAUGGUAUCUGACUAGUUUGAGUACUAACAAAGUUAUUCUGCAAAGUGUCAGACUGUCGUGAGGUGAAGAGUGGAUUACGUAAAUAUUCAGAAUACGCAACAUACAUAUAGUAUCAAAUAAGAACGAAGACCAAAUUCAGUGGAUGUAUAUCGUUGUCGUGCAUCAAACGUCAUUGCAUUUAAAGAGAAUGUUCAUAUUAUGAUUAUUACUUCCGAUCAUCAUUUUUGUGUGAAUGCAAUUCACGAACAAUGCAUCCCGUUCUAUGUAAAGCCCAGAAUGGACUGGUUGCAGUUUUGCAAGAGUUCCGUGCCUAUUGGAUUUCCCUACUUGUGCUAAUAGUCUUGGCGCAACAGCUGCCUCACCUGUCAGCCGUCCUACAGGCGGCUGGAUUUGGAGGUGCUCUUAUAGUAGCAGCCGUUAUAUCUGGAUGGCUUGCAACAGAGCUGUUCCUUAGAGGGCCUCGUAUAAAAUCGAAGGGGAAGGCCGUCCUUAUUACAGGAUGUGAUACAGGUUUCGGACAUCGGCUGGCUAUGCGUCUUGCGAUAAGAGAAGAUUUUCAGGUAUUUGCAGGUUGUCUUCAGCCGGAUUCCGAUGGCGCACAGCGGCUGCGUUUGAUAGUGACUGAUGACAAACUUCAUGUAAUUCCGCUUGAUGUCACCAACGCUGAACAAAUACAAGAUGCAUUACGCUACGUCAAGGCCAACCUCAAUGGAAAUCAACUCUGGUCGGUGAUAGCAAAUGCUGGCGUGAACAUAUUCCUAGAGUUUGAGUGGAUCCCUAUUAAAGACAUUGAAUUCCUGUUCGACGUCAACGUGAUGGGAGUAGUUCGUGUAUCUAAGACCUUUUUGCCUCUCCUAAGAAAUUCGCGAGGUCGUUUGGUGCUUGUCGCUAGUUAUGCGGGCCGCAUCGCGAGCAGUUCUAUUGUACCCUACUCGAUGACAAAAGCGGCCGUGAUAGCCAUGGCUGAUGGGCUGCGCAGGGAAAUGGCUAAAUGGGGUCUUCAUGUCGCCACCGUUGAACCAUUCUACUAUAGAACUGCAAUAAAUUUUAACGAGUCGCAACAAGACAUGAUGAGUCGAUUCAAAAGAGACGUUCCGCUGCAGAUACAACAAGAAUAUGGCGACUAUCCCGCUCAAGCUUUUCAGUGGAUACUGUCCUGCCUCAGACGGGUUUCAAGGGCGAACGUUGAUGAGGUUGUCGAUCAAAUGGUAAAUGCUGUCACUGAUCGGGAACCCAAGAGACAUUAUAGGUGUGAUGGCUUUCUGAACUGGCUGCUUUCAUCAGCAUUAUUCGUCUUGCCUUCGGUGGCUCAGGAUAUUGCCGUGUCCUUUUUUGAACCUAACUUCCGCGCGAAUGAGAAAAGCGGACUCCUUUUGGAAAUAGGCGCACCGUCUGUCACAAAAAUUGAUGAUGGAUAAUAUAUUAAAAUGAUUGAAAAGAAAAAUGUGGUGAAAUGUGUAUUUAACACAAAAAAUUCUAUUCCCGAAUAAAAUUUAUCGGAUGGUGUAAAGAGAUUUUUAGUAUCUAUACUAUUACUAUCUACGGCUACGGGCUCAACCUAGCUGCAAGCUAGAAAAGACUGCUGCCACGGUGCUUACACACGGUGUCCUCACAGCGAAGGGAAAUAUAAAUUUUAUAUAAAAUGUGUUUUUUUGGCUUUAACACUGAAAUUCUAAUGUCACAAUAGGAUAGUGGAAUCAUGAACGGAAUAAUUUCUCCUCGGCUUCGCUGACGCAUUUUUCUUUUUUGCCGAAAUUUUCAAUCAUUGCUUGGCAUGAUUAUCGCUGAAUAUGAACGAUGCAGCGCCUACUUUUCUUCUUUACGGCUUGGUUUUUGGGGGCUUGUUGGCAUAGGCUGCUGACCUCAAAUACCCCACAAAAAGAAAUCUAAUCAUGUUAAAUCGUACGAUCUAGGCAACCAAUUCAAAUGCCAGUAAUGCCGUUAUUUCAUAGAAUGUUUGAAGGAAUCGUCGUCCUGGAAGCACAUGGUUCUGAAGUCCAUAAUAUCAGAGGCAUAAAAAAUUUAUCGUGGCUCAACAGCGUUCACUGUUGACUGUUUGUUCAUGUGUAGCAACGUUUCUGAAUACGGCUAGUCUAGUUAUGUCUUCAAUGCCAAGUCUUCGUCACUCAAUAUGAGGCAGUUUUGCUAAUCGCAGCUUCAUCGCUGAACUGAAGGUCUGUCUGUGAAUCCAUUGUCGUGUCGAAUAACUCAUAAGACUGUUAAUUUAUAUAGACUUCAGCUAGUAUUAAUGAUAUAAAUAUUAUUAUUACAGCUGCUAGUUAAAGCACUAGCAGCCUGCCGAUCAGUCUUCGACAAAUGGCCUACUGCUUCACAUGUUGGUGGCAGCGAUGGAGCCCGCGUUCAACUAAACCUGCGGAGGCUACCAGCCAUCGUUAGAAACCGCAGGUUAAAUCCCCGCGGGAGGCAGGCCAAUUGAGGGGAAGAUCACUGCAGAAGACCAGCUCUCGAAGCGGCUGAGAGUACCGGAAGUGGCAUGAAAUUAUUUUCUAUGUAGUCGCCAGUCGUACCCGCGUAGCUGAAAAAGGUAUGAAGGAAGGACCCGUAUCGAAAGAAAGAGGCGUGACCGACAAGGAAGACCAGACGUGUGCCGUAUCUCCGACGAAAAGCAAGUAGCCAUAUUACUGCACGGUCGCCAGAUCUGGACCGUAAACGCUAAACGGAGAGAAAGCAUCGGGUAUAAAGGUAUUACAACAAUCGACGAAAGUGCGAAGCCGCCAGGAUCGUUCGAGCACUAUGGCGGUGGCUAGACAGGAGAUGGCGUUUUAAAACACAGUAUCAUUGAUCAUUCCGAAGAGCGCAGCCUCACGGAAGACACGCGAAGGGCAAGAACCCCGCACGGACGAAGGCACUCUUACGCUUGAUAAGAAACGAACGACAUUAUUUUUAAUUAAUAAAAUAUCGAAGUCCUAAGUUAAAGGAGGUCGUUUAGUACACUUACUAUCACCACUGAUUAUUAUUGCUAAAAAAAUUCUGAAUAAUUUAAAUACAUCAUAAAAUUAAUUUAAUUGUCAUAAAUAAAAGUGGUAACCCAAGUAGGUACAGGCUAGCCAACCGCUUCGUUGCUGAGAGAAUCCUGCAUAGAGAUGACGGUCUAUUGUUAAAGAUUUAAAUAAGAGAAAGAUUUAGUAGGUAAUCCACGGGGUAAAAAAUUAUAAUAGCACGUCGUUCUUCACAAUCAAAGGGCCCAGAAGCAUAUUAGUUUUCGGUUUAACAUGUGGCUUCAUCUAUGUAAUGCUUCAAACUACGUCGUCUAGCAUGCAAUGUACUAUACAAAAAAAAAAUAUAAAC